CGUGAGGCUCCUUCGACCCAAAAUGGCCGCUGUAAUAUUUUGACGUAUAAUAAUAGCUCGCUACUUUUCUUUUUGUUUCAUUCUUCGUUGAAAACUAGAAAACGGGAUAUAUUUGGAGGGAAAUUGACUUACCAACGGCUGUAUAAUGUUUUUCUAGUUUUCAUCUGGAGGACAAUCAAGACUGACAACUAUUUGUUGAACGAAUUAGACUAUGCAGUUCAAAUAGGAGCUAGCUAGCUGGCUCUGGCUGGCAAAGUGAGGCGGCCGAAAGUGAACUAGCUCGUUAAUUUAGCUGCAGUAAUGGAGGAGCUAAGCGCAGAUGAGAUUCGCAGAAGGCGACUGGCACGACUGGCAGGAGGGCAGACUUCUCAACCCAGUACCCCUCUUAGCACGCCGCUGACAUCUCCACAGAGAGAGACUCCUCCUGGAUCCCUCCCUGGACCCUCAGGUGUUGCACUCCAGCCUGCGCCACCAGCUGCUUCUCAAUCAUUGGGGCUUAAUGUCCACAGCGGUACUCCAGCAACUUCCCCCAUGGGCAACUCUGGUGUGGCAUAUGGCAGUCAAAGCAGUGAGGGUGUGAGUUCCCUCUCCAGCUCCCCCUCCAACAGCUUGGAGACUCAGUCACAGAGUUUGUCCAGAUCACAGAGCAUGGACAUUGACCCUGCCUCCUGUGAAAAGAGCAUGUCCCAGGUGGAUGUGGACUCAGGGAUAGAAAACAUGGAGGUGGAUGACAGCGAUCGGAGGGAGAAGAGGAAUCUGACUGAAAAGGACACGUGUUCCACCUCAGAUGUUAAUGAAGAACAGGCCCUUCAACUCAUCUGUAAGAUACUCCGCGUAUCGUGGAAGGAACAGGGAAGAGAUGUCAUCUUUCUCCCUUCGUUAGCUGCAGAAUUCCACCAGAACUCCAAAGAAGUGUUUUCUGACUUCAAAGACCUUAUUGGUCAGAUCCUGAUGGAAGUCUUAAUGAUGUCAUCCCAGUCACGUCUUCACAACCCUUUUGCCAGCUUGACCGCCACAUCACAGCCAAUCCCAGCAGCAAAAUCCAAUGACCACCGCCUGACACUUGUGCAGCCUUCCAGUCAAGGAAGCAGCCCUAUAGGCCCAAGUGCCGGGUCGUUUGGAGCCAGCUCCCUGUCUAGUCUGUAUGACUCUGGCAGUCCUUGCCCAGUGGCUUUGGAUGCAGCCAAGAGGACUAGUCCAUCUCUCUCAGCUCCCUCCACAUCAUCUGUACCUAUUACACCCUCUACUCCUCAGUUUGUUGUUCCCCCAAGUCCACCUUCUACUGCCACCUCUAGGCACCCCCUGAAUGCUCCAUCUGCCCCCAUGCCCAUCUCUCAACGGUAUCGGCCGUAUUCUGUCACGACUCCCUGGGGGGGCAAUUCCCCCCUGAUCCCAGCCCACAGACCAUUUAGUUUGGUUGGAUCUCUUCCCAGCCCAAGUGGGCUCCAUGUCCCCCCCAAUACCCCAGUUCCCGUUCAACCACUUAGCCCCCAUUCUUUAACUUUGAGCUCCUCAAGGCCGCUCGACCAACCCUCCCCAUCAACCCCUCCUGUUGAGCCUCCUUCUCCCAGAUCGAUUACUCGACAGGCUGCCUUUGCUGACAGGAUUCCAGCAUCUAGUCCUCUGUCCCUCCUGUUUUUUGCCCUUUCUGACAUAUCUCAGAACAUCAAUGAUGAAGACUCAGAGGAGGAGGAAGAUUUUGCUCAGGUUCAGUUUGGGUCCAGUCUUGGUGCAUGUGGAGGGGCAGUGUCUUGUGAUGCAGCCAGCGACCGCUUCACCAUUGAGGCAUGCAAAGAGACAGAGAUGCUGAACUACCUCAUUGAGCGUUUUGACAGUGUUGGCAUGGAGGAAAGAAAAGCUCCCAAGAUGUGUAGUCAACCGAAUGUCAGCCAGCUUCUCAGUAACAUUCGUUCUCAGUGCAUCUCUCAUGUCACUCUGGUCCUGCAGGGCACCCUGACCCAACCGCGGAGCCCCCUGCAACAGUCUCUGCUGGUACCUUACAUGCUGUGCAGGAACCUUCCAUUCGGCUUUAUUCAGGAGCUCGUGCGCAUUACCCAUCAGGAGGAAGAAUUGUUCAAACAGAUCUUUAUUCCCAUCAUCCAUGGGCUUGCACUUGCAAUGAAAGAAUGUUCCUUUGACAGUGACAACUUUAAGUUUCCACUCAUGGCUUUGUCUGAACUUUGUGAAAUUAAGUUUGGGAAGUGCCAUCCUGUGUGCAGUUUGAUAACCACACUGCCGUUAUGGUGUCUGAAACCUCUGAGCCCCGGUUGUGGUAGAGAGAUCCAGAAACUGUCCUACCUGGGAGCUUUCUUUAGCCUCUCUGUGUUUGCAGAAGAUGAUGCCAAGGUAGCAGACAAGUAUUUCUCUGGCCCUGCCAUCACUAUGGAGAACACUCGAGUUGUCAGUCAGUCAUUACAGCACUAUCUAGAAUCAGCAAGGGGUGAUAUGUUUAAAAUUCUCCACAACAUACUUCUUAAUGGUGAAACACGAGAGUUGGCUCUUAAUUACAUGGCAGCUCUGGUCAACAACAAUGUGAAGAAAGCUCAGAUGCAGACGGAUGACAAGCUGGUGUCGACAGAUGGCUUCAUGCUUAAUGUUCUCUGGGUGCUACAACAGCUUAGCAUGAAGAUUAAGCUGGAGACGGUGGACCCCAACUACAUUUUCCAUCCGCGGUGUCGCCUCACCGUCAGUGUGAAAGAGACUCGCCUCAAAGCCACCAUGGAGGAGCUCAAAAGCUGGCUGGCUGAUCUGCAUGAAGAUCCCAUCAAGUUCCCGGAUCCAAAGUUCCCAACCGAGUGCUUCUUUUUGACACUUCAUGCUCAUCAUUUAUCAAUCCUGCCCUGCUGCCGGCGCUACAUACGCAGAUUGCGUGCCAUUCGUGAACUCAACAGGACUGUAGAAGAGCUCAAAAACAGUGAGAGUCAAUGGAAAGAUUCUCCUCUGGCCAAUCGGCACAGAGAGAUGCUCAAACGAUGCAAGGCUCAGCUUAAGAAACUGGUGCGAGCCAAAGCUUGUGCCGACGUGGGCCUUCUGGAUGAGAACCUGCUCCGCAGAUGUCUGCAGUUUUAUAGCACAGUCAUUCAGCUCAUUCUUCACAUGGUAGACCCUGCCUACCCCAAUGUUACUCUGCCGCUGAAUCCCGAGAUUCCCAAAAGCUUUGCUGCUCUACCUGAGUUUUACAUCGAAGAUGUGGCAGAAUUUCUGCUUUUCGUUGUACAGUAUGCGCCACAGGUUUUAUAUGAGCCAUGUAUCCAGGACAUCGUCACAUUUCUGGUGGUGUUCAUCUGCAGUCAGAACUACAUCAGGAACCCAUACCUUAUUGCCAAGUUGGUGGAGGUUCUCUUUGUGACAAACCCUGCUGUGCAGCCUCGUACUCAGCGAUUCUCUGAAAUGAUGGAAAACCACCCCUUGUCUAUCAAACAGCUGGUUCCUGCUCUCAUGAAGUUUUACACUGAUGUUGAGCACACUGGUGCUACAAGCGAGUUCUAUGACAAAUUCACUAUACGAUACCAUAUCAGUACUAUCUUCAAGAGUCUCUGGCAGAACAUUGCCCACCAUGGAACCUUCAUGGAGGAGUUCAACUCUGGCAAACAGUUUGUGCGCUACAUCAACAUGCUAAUUAAUGACACCACCUUCUUGCUAGACGAGAGCCUGGAAUCCCUGAAGCGUAUUCAUGAAGUCCAAGAGGAGAUGAAGAAUAAGGAGCAGUGGGAGCAGUUGCCCAGGGAGCAGCAGCAGAGCCGCCAGUCCCAGCUGACUCAGGAUGAGCGGGUGUCUCGCUCUUAUCUGGCCCUGGCUACAGAAACGGUUGAAAUGUUCCACAUCCUCACGAAGCAGGUUCAAAAGCCUUUCCUCAGACCUGAGUUGGGGCCUCGGUUAGCUGCUAUGCUGAACUUUAACCUUCAGCAGCUCUGUGGCCCUAAGUGCCGGGACCUAAAGGUGGAGAACCCUGAGAAGUAUGGCUUUGAGCCCAAGAAGCUUCUAGACCAGCUGACAGACAUCUACCUGCAGUUAGACUGCGCCCGCUUUGCGAAAGCAAUUGCAGAUGACCAGCGGUCAUACAGCCGUGAGCUCUUUGAGGAGGUGAUCUCAAAGAUGAGGAAGGCUGGAAUAAAGUCCUCAAUUGCCAUUGAAAAAUUCAAGCUGCUAGCAGAGAAGGUAGAGGAGAUAGUUGCCAAGAACUCCCAAUCGGAAAUGGACUACAGUGAUGCACCUGAUGAGUUCAAAGAUCCUCUGAUGGACACUCUGAUGACUGACCCUGUGAUGCUGCCCUCUGGAAAUAUCAUGGACAGAUCCAUCAUCCUGCGCCACCUGCUCAAUUCCCCGACUGACCCUUUCAACAGGCAGCCACUCACAGAAAGCAUGCUGGAGUCAGUGCCUGAACUGAAGGAAAGGAUCAAUGCCUGGAUGAAAGAAAAACAGAGCAGACGGCCCCUCUAAGGACUGUCAGACGGCUAUCAAGAAGGGAUCUGUCCAAAUCGCCUAAAUUCAGUGUCACGCCUACCAAUGUUAACAUUUGAAUGGGGUAAAAAAAAAAGGAGACCUGAUUUGCUUUUUUUUUUUUGCAUUUUUCCUUUUUGUUUUAAACCAUUGUGAUGGUUUUAAAGCAAAAUAUAAUAAAGAUAAGACUUUUAAUUGUUUUCCUCAUGAGUUUGUGUACAUAUAUCACAAUACACAUAUUUAAUAGUAGUUGGUUAAUGCAAUAAAAUGCUGCAAAAAUGUUCCCAACACCAACGGUUUUACACUAUCACACAGUUGCAACAAAUCUUCAAGGUUAUUUUCUUACUAAUAUUUUUUGCUUUAUUAAAGAUUUUUUUGAGGGAAAGUUGAUAACGUUGAUUUGGAACAGUCUAUAGUCUGAUUGUUAGCCUUUGCUUUAUCCAGACUGUGGUAAUAGACAUCAGUAAACAUGCUGGUGUGCCAGAAUUUAUGCACAGUUAUUCUCAUGACGUGAACAGCUAUGAGUAAAGAUGGAUACACAUUGUGAAUUAACCUAAAAUUUAGCCGCCUUAAGUGCUGGAAAGUAAUGAGCUGUGACUUUCCAACCUUCAUGGUGAUUGCAUAUGUCAAACUUGUUUUCCACGUGGAUGUUCAAUCUAAUGAGGGUGUGCAAGGCAUCAUGGGAUAUUGUGGGAGCAUAGAAGUUAUCUCAGCUGAGUUACGCCUGUGAAACGGCUCUGUACCUGACCUGACCUUGCUGCCCUUAACUUUACAGUAAAUUAUUUCUUUCAGCUACAUGCCUGUUUUGCAAUCUAGGAUUUUGAAUUGUAAUAAAUGAUGGACGGUUCAUAAAAU